AUGGUAAAGCCAACGAAUACUCAUUCUCAACCCAAUACAACAAUUGGCAACGCCUUCGCAAUGCUUCCAGAAGAGCAAGCAAAUGAUACAAGCAUUCCUGAUAUCUUUGGAUUUUCUCGGAGGCGGACAACAGCCGAUGGAAGGCCCUUGCCACCGCAGGCAAUUCUUUCUAUGAUAUUGCAGGAAGCCCUUGACAUUGUGGAAGAGCUUGAAGAGGAAAUGGAUUGCAGCAACGCUGCUGACAGUUCGUGUGGUCAGCCCGAUGAACAACAAGGCAAACUGCGCUGA